CACUUUGUAAUCUCAUACAGCGAGACCACCGCUAAGUCAAGAUGGCGGGAUGGCGGAUGGAUGAGAUGAGAACAACGUUUAAAAUGUUGGUAUAAAGAAUUAAUUUUUGAGUAAGAAGUCGAUUUAGUAGGGUGUAUGCAUGGAGAGUACAGAGGAGAAAAGACCCGUGCUGCAUAUAGCCGUCGUUGGAUUUCACCAUCAGCGAGGCUCAGAGGUGGAAUUUUCUUUCCCUCCUGUUAUCAAUGGGGAUGAUAAUUGGAGCAGAAAUCUUCCCGAAGAAUGGAGACAUUUGCCGUUCAUGGCAUUACCAGACGGUGCACACAACUAUGACUCAGAUACUACUUUCUUCCAUCUUCCUUAUCUAAACUCAAGACCUGGAAAGAAGAAAACUCUGUAUGGAGUCUCCUGCUAUCGUCAAAUGGAUUCAAAGGAUUUAAAGAACAAGUGUGAUGAUGUGACUAGAACCACUGUCCAAAAAGCUGUUUGCGUUUUAUCACAAAUGCCUGUGUAUGGGUACAUCCAAGCUAAGCUUGAGGUAGCAACAAAAGUUUAUUUUGAAGAAAAAGAUUUUUCACGAGUUGGUAUUUUAAAGGAGCUGUACAACAGUCUGAAUAAUUCCCUGUCAGGUGAUAUGAUGGUAGAGAGUCUUCUGAAUGUAGGAUUGUCAAUCAUGGAUCUGGUUAUGAGAUUUAGACAAAGGAUACUGGUAUUAUUCAAACUUCUUCUUCUUGAAAAAAAGGUUAUAUUUUAUGGGUUUCCUGUUGCAAAGUUGGGGUCUCAACUUCUGUCCCUUAUUUCACUUAUUCCUGGGAUGUUAGAAAGUGGCUUAGUUCAAUCUGCCUGCAUGGACGACACACCUUACCAGGACAACGACCAGGAUCCUCUUUAUCCUUCUCAUCUGAACCCUGCCCACCUGAACACAGACCAGUAUGGUUUACCUCUGGAGAUCUUCACUGAGAAUUCUCUGUUUCAUCCAUACCUGUCGCUUCAGCAGAUAGACUUGUUGAAAAAUCCUAAAGUAGACAGCUUUGUUGUAGGUGUGUCCAAUGCACUCUACUGUCAACAGAGGAACACUGCUCAUGUAUUAGUAGAGUUGCAGACGACACAGAUAUCUAUCAGAGAUGAAAAUUUGACUCGUGCUCUAACGCUAUCAACCGCUGACCUUCGCUUUACCGACUAUCUUGUACAGCACGUGACUGAGUACAACAAAAGUGGGGGACAAACUGUUGGUUGGGAUGGUAGUGAAGAGUGGAUACGGGCACAAUUCAAACUCUACAUCCUAAGCCUUCUGUCCAGUAUUCAGCAUACAGAUGGAGAAAGCCUGGCUAAUUAUAAUGAAGAGUUUAUAACUGCCUGGAAAAGCACUAGAAAUUUUACUGAGUGGAACAGCAAACAGCAUGUUGGAAUUGAUGAAGUGCAUGCCGGGCAUCCAUUUCAAGGACAAAUAGGUCUAAGUGACCUGAAGAUAAGGUUGUCGAAUGUUUAUCAAGAUGUUGCUGCCAAGAGUAUGCAGACCGACCAAGGCCGCAAAAUAGGUCAAGCAGUGGCACAAACUGGCAGGGCAGUAGGAGGAGCAUUGAAUAGUGCCCGUUCAUUUGUGGCUUCCUGGCUGCUCGAGUCUUCACCGGAUGACAAGUUGGACGAAGACGAACAGGACCGUGACAUAACCAGCAGCUAACAGUGACUUGCACGAAAAGAGCUAUAGGUAGAUAUCUUAGCUAUACCAAUGUCAUGGACGAAUCAAGCACUAUUUUGUAUGUACAUACAGUACCAAAUAAGGCCAUUUACACACAAAACUUGUCUUUCUUUGAGAACUCGAACUAAUUGUUUUUUUUGUGAUGUCACUUUAUGGCGAUUAAAUGUAGCAUACAGCAGGCUGUUUAGUAUCAAAACAAAAGUAUAAAAAAAUGAAGGUUUUAUCAUUACAUGCUACCAGAUAAAAAGGGGGAGCAGGUUGAGGGCAUGGCGGGGUUGCCAGAGGGUUCUGAAAAUCUGAAAAUCUACCCUGUGUAGUAUCCAUAUUCAAAACCCCUGAGGGUAUUAAAACUCCCAGUAGCUCAAUGAUUUCUAUGGGUAUUCUUACUGCCUUUUGGACUCGAUGUUAUUUUAUGCUAUGGAAUUGUUGAAAAUAGCUUAUGUGAGUAAUCAUG